AUGCCCAGCGCCGCUCCCUUCGUCCUGCGCUGCUGCCUCACGCCUGCGCUGCUCCCCCUGCCCUGCGCUGCACCCAUCGCCCUGCGCUCCCUCCGCGGCCCGCGCUGCUCCCUCCGGCCUGCGCUGCUCCCUAUGUCCUGCGCUGCUCCUUCUGGCCUUUGCUCCUCCCUCUGCCCUCCACCCUGUCCCUCCGGCCUGUGCUGCUCCCUCUCAUGUGCGCUGCUCCUUCCACUGCUCCCUGCGGCCUGCGCUGCCCCCCCUGCCCUGCUCGCCUGCGCUGCUCGCUCUGCCCCGCGCUGCUCGCUCUGCCCCGCGCUGCUCCCUCUCCCCCCGCCCCGCUCUCCUCUCUGUGGUGUGCGCCGCUCCCUCCGGCCCGUGCUGCUCCGUCCUUCCUGCCCUGCUCUCUGCCGCCUGCGCUGCCUCUGGUCUCCGCUUCACCCUCUGGCCGCCUCUGCUGCGUCAGGUCGGUGCUGCUCCGACCGCAUGUGCUGCUCCCACUGCCCGUUGUCCUCCCACUGCCCGCUGCGGGCCCACAGCCCGCUGUGCGCCCACUGCCUGCGCGGCGCCGACGACAUGCUCUGCGCCAAGGCCUGCACUGCCACCACAGACUGUGUUGCGCCCGCUGCCUUCGCUGCCCGUCUGGCCACCGCUGCACCCUGUGGCCUGGGCUGCUCCGUCCGACCUGCGUGGCACCCGCUCCCCUGCGCCGCUCUGACUGGCCCGGGCUGCUUCCUUAAGCCACCAGAGCUCCAUCGGCCUGCGCUGCUCCCUCUGGCCACCGCCGCUACCUAG